AUGGCUCAGUUCCUGCAGACAGUCAACCAAAAGACUAGAAAUCAGUUCCGCCCGCGCGCUGGAAAAGGUGGUGUCAACAGUUACCAGCUUAGGCAGUAUGCCGAAGCUACCCUGGGAGGAGGCAGCUUGAGAAAGUGUGUCAAGUUGCCGGAAGGUGAGGAUGAGAACGAAUGGUUGGCAGUCAACAUGGUGGAUUUCUACAACCAGAUCAACCUUCUCUACGGCGCCAUCACCGAGUUUUGCUCGCCGCAGUCAUGCCCCGAGAUGAAGGCCACGGAUGAGUUUGAAUAUCUCUGGCAAGACAGCGAGAAUUAUAAGCGGCCGACCAAGAUGGCUGCGCCAGCCUACAUCGAACAGCUGAUGACAUGGGUUCAAGCCAACAUCGACAAUGAAUCCGUCAUGCCCAGCAAGAUUGGCGUUCCUUUUCCCAAAUCCUUCCCAACUCUCAUUCGUCAGAUCUUCAAGCGAAUGUACCGUGUGUACGCGCACAUCUACUGCCACCACUAUCCGGUAAUCCGGGAGCUGGGGCUGGAACCUCAUCUCAACACCAGCUUCAAGCAGUAUGUGCUUUUUAUCGAUGAGCAUAGCUUGGCAAGCGGGCGGGACUACUGGGGUCCUCUCGGAGACCUCGUUGAUAGUAUGAUGAAGAGUGAUUGA